GCGGCUCUGGAGCGUCUCCAAGAGCAGCAGCAGGUUUGCUGAGACGCCACCCAGCUGGGGAAUGCACCUGCCCGGGCAGGAGGUGAGGGCCGCAGCCGGACCUCGCUGCUGCCGCGGCACCAGGAAGGGGAGCCUCACCUGGCUCUUGGCACGCACUUGCAAGAGAAAAGGAAGAGAUAUUUUCCCCGUGGGCUCCCUCGUUAGCUGGAUCCAGUGGAAAGAAAACCAGGAAAAACUAUUGCUGCCAGGCUGGAGCAGGGAAGUGUGCUGGGUUAUCGCGUGUGGGCAGCGUCUGCCGCAGCAAAUCUUGUUGGACUCUCCCAGUCUCCAUGAUGUUCACGAAGUCCACAUAAAAGCUGCAUAAAACCCUUGCAAGGCUGGAAGUACAAGGAAAUACUGCAGGAACCUGUCUCAUCCCCAGACGUCCCCUUCUGAACCCUGUGGAUGAAAGACAAAGGAAAGGAAGGAGACAGCCCUGGCUGCUCACCUGUGGUGCUGCUCUGGGAACACUCCAUCAUGUUUCACAGCCUUGCCUCAGUGGUGGGCCCAACCCCAUCACACGGACCAUAGCGCUCCAGGUGGCACCACUGCAAAAGGAAAUUCCAUCAGGAUCCAAAGAAUGAGACCAAGACAUCACUGCUGGAGAAAUGCAGCUGCCUUCACUGCUGCUGCUGCAUUGACCCUCCAUUUACUGUAGGGGUACAAAUUCAUCUGUGCCACCUCUGUGCCCUCUCUACCCAGCUGCUCACCAUGCCAGAGCUGGCAGAGCUGAGCAGCCCCCGGACCCCUGCGGAUGCGGACCACAUCCAGAGGAAUAUCUUGGAAGAGCAUGUGGAGCUCUGGUGGUUCCAGGACCCCAAAAAGGCCAUCCUGUGCUAUGGGAUGGCCGUGGUGCUGAUUCUGGCCUGCGGGAUUGGGGGCAUCAUCCUGCUGUACAGCACUAGCAGCCGGUCUGGAGAGUGGCGGCUCGCCGUGGGCACCACGCUCUGCCUCCUGGCCCUGCUGGUGCUGCUGAAGCAGCUGCUGAGCUCUGCGAUCCAGGACAUGAACUGCAUCCGCAGCCGGGAUCAGAUCGAGCUCCUCAAGAGCGGAGGCUUCUCGGACUGCCUGGUGCUGCUGCUGAGCGCCCUGGUGCUGCUGAUCUGCGGGGUGGUGCUCACCAUCCUCUCCACCACCAGCAUGCAGCUCAGCCCCGCACGGCCGCUGGCCAGCAUGUUCACCAGCGGGGUCAUCCUCCUGACCGCUGGCAGCGCCAUCCUCCUCUCCCUGCUGCUCUACCUGCUGUGCACCUCCUGCCGCCGGGCGGCUCCUCGCAGCCUGGACACCGGCGAGAUCCGCGUCUUCACCAUCUCCGGCCGCCUCGCUGGAAACAGGCGGCUUCCUCCCACCUCCAGCAUGGCCAACCUGAUCUGAGCCGGGACACUUCUGCGUGAGCCUCAGCAGACACAACCCGUGUGCCUUGUGUUUCUGUUGGAGAUGACUGGCAUUUGCUUUGCCCCAGACUGGUGGCACAGCACAGACUCGGGGUGCCUGGGCGGGCUCUGACCUGGCUGGCAUUUUAUCUCCACAAAGCCUCCUGUGGCAGCUGCUGCCUGCCUGGCUGUGGCCCAUGUUACAGAGUGAAGGUGAGCCUGUCCUGUAUCCCUGGGGACCCUGGUACUAGCACAGUUCCUGCAGUUCCUGGAACUGUCAUAUGCUGUCCUGGCAGGAGAGGCUGUGAUUGCAGGUGGUGUAGAACCAGCCUGUGCUCUGUGCAGAGCCUCCAGCUCCCAAGUGAAUUAAAGCCUUUAGCAGCUGGUGAAUGGCAGGAGAUAUUUUGCGUGUCAGCAGGCACGAGGGAGCCUGGUGGGAGGUAUGGCUGCAGGGGCUGCUCCCAAGGAAUUAUCGGUGUCUGUAGGAGUGUGUUGGAUCUGCUUAGGAUUGUGUGUGCCUGAGCCACAGCAUGGCUGGACCUCACAUGAAAUGCUGUCUGUGUUUGCAAUGCCAGGAUCUGUUCCAGUGUCACAUUUCUGCAGCCCACCAUCACCUGUGGUUUGUCAAAGGGAUGAUCAAACGGUGUCAGUGUGAAGGCCCUGAUGGAUUAUCUGUGCUGGACUGAGUGUUGGGGCUCUGUUAUCAUGCCAGGGUGCUCCAGCUACAUGAGCCACAAACAGCAAGGUGCAGUUGCUGAGAGAUGGUGAUGGGAUGCCAGAAUCCUGGGGCUGCCCUCUGCAAAAGCUGUGUGAGGGGAGAGUGCUGUGCCCUCCCACAGGAGUUUCCCAGGAACAGGCACCUCUGCUGCCAGGAGUCCCACAGCUCAUCCCAGUCCCUGCUUGUUCCCAUGCUGUUUCUGUCUCCCAAGUGCUGCAGCUGCUGCAGGGCAGAAAAGUUCUUCUACUGUCACUUGGGCUGUCCCUGGAGCUCUUUUGGUGUUUUAUCUCUACAAGGUGUCUUGUUUUAUCACCAAGGUGUCUCUCCCAGAGGCAAAUUAACAAUUCACUCCAGGAACUUUUCCUGUGACUUAAGUCUAAUUUACCUGUCAAAAUUCUCAUUUCCCUCAUAGACCCACUAACCCUUUCAACUGCCCUUUCCAUAGACACAGAUCCCAAGCUCCUGCUGAAGAUGCUUCUGCACGACCUUCUCUUCCUCUUAGCCAGUUGUUCAGAGCAUGGUGCUAAUAAUACCAAGGUCACAGGUUUGAUCUACAUGUGGGCCAUUCCCUUACAAGUUGGACUCCAUGAUCCUUCUGGGCUCCUUCCAGUUCAGACUAUUCUGUGAUUCUUCAUCUUCUUGUCUGCUCCCAUCUUUUCUUUCACCUGAGUUGCUCUGCCCCAGAUGAUGGUUUUGCUCAUUAUUUGCCAAGUUUCCUCUGCAAUGGAAUGAGACUGAGAUAUUGUUUUUUGGUACCUGGUAGCAAAUUCCUUUGGAAGAGGAUGGUAACUGAUUCCCUUGCUAACAGCAUAAAUAACUGUCCAUGUCAGUGUCAGAAGGCAGUGCCAGAGUUCACCAUCACCUGGGCAGUGAGGGCUUCACCCCUUCACAGCUCCAGACCAACCAUCCCCAAUUCAGUGAGAUCUCAUGAGACCACAUCUAUAUCCCCCUGCUCUUGCCCUGCUUCUGCUGACUUUCCUUUGCCUGAAGCCUUGGAUUAUUUUCUCCAAUGUACAGGUACCUCAUUUGGGGUUUUCUCUCUCUGUUAUUUCUAUAUUUUCCUCUGCCACUUUCACAUCAUCUGUAGAUUUUAUUAAACUGCUGUUUCCUCUUCUCUCUGCAUCUCCUCCCUUAAUCUGCCCAAGAGCUCAGAAGGUGGUGGUGAGCUCAGAUCCUCCUGUGCUAAAUCUCUUCAAAGCCAAGCUUUUCUGCCCCUCUGGGUUGUUUGGCCUCAGGUCCACCAGGAACCCCUGUGUCUACACAGGAGGGGACAGGCCAGAGCUGAAUGGUUUUGCACCAUCACCAUUGCUGCUGCUCUGCAUGUCUGUGUCAGUGCAUGUGCAGUUGUGCCAGGCUGCACCGCCUCUGCCAGCACCAGUGUUCCAGCAGUGACUGCCAGCUCCACCAGCCCGCACGUGCUGGCAGGCCACAGCUGCCUGCACACCAGCUGUUUUGCACAUCUGGGCAUUUCUGUGCAGAGGUGAGAUUGUGCCCAGCGCGCAGCUCCGUGCUGCCUGCACGUCAAUGUGAAUCCUGGCCCCUCCACAGCCCCUUCAAAAUGUGCCCCAAGUGCCUGUGAAUUGUGCCAGAACAGGGUGAUUGACUGGGUCAGGACAGCAACCCAAGGAGACAAUGGCUGAGAACAGGCUGUACCUGAAGGUGGUGGUUGGGUGUCCAGCUGCCCAGAGGGACAGCCUGUGCUGCCCAGUCACUGACUCCCCUCUGCAACACAGGCGCUGGUUUGUUUCUUAGUUCCUGUGUUGUGUGUGGACAUACAUAAUAAAGUGUUAGAGAAGUUGA